ACACCAGCACUCGCCAUGGUCGCCCUCGCUGCACCAGCUGCUACCCGCAACGUCGUCAUCCUCGGCGCGAGCUACGCAGGCGCACGAGCGGCCGAGCUCCUGUCGCGCACCCUCCCUUCAACACACCGCGUCGUCGUCAUCGACCGCCAGACCCAUUUCAACCACCUGUACCUUCACCCUCGAGUGAGUGUCGUCCCCGGGCACUCGCACAAGACCUUCAUCCCGCUCGGCGGCAUCAUCCCUUCACCCGCCGCCGCCGCGACCAACGCUUCGCUCCCGCUGUCGAACAAGGCGCGCCACGUCGUCAUCCACGCCUCGGUCACGUCGCUCAACGAUGACUUUAUCGAGCUCGACCGCGACCUGCUCGAGCACGAGCGCGACCUCGAGGGCGAGGCCGACGAGAUCGAGUCGUUGACCGACGAGCUCGAGUCGGCGAGGCUGGACGCUGCGCCAAGGGACAAGAAGCUGUCGACGAGGAGGCUGAGCUGGGAAUACAUGAUCUACGCUCUCGGGUGCCAGCUUCCACCAUGCCUCACGUCGACGGCAAGGACCAAGAAGGACGGCGUCGCCUUCCUCGAGAGCCGCGGCGCCGAGAUCAAGCGCGCGACCAAGAUCCUCAUCGCCGGCGGCGGCGCCCUCGGCAUCCAGUUCGCGACCGACAUCGCCGACCUGUACAACAACCCGCACAACGUCGCGCACCUCGGCCUCGCCGAGGGCGAGGCGCCGCCGCCCAAGAAGCGCGUCACGCUCGUCCACUCGCGCGACCGGUUCAUGCCCGCGUACAAGCAGGAGAUGCACGACGAGGUCGUGCGACGGCUCGAGGUGCUCGGCGUCGAGGUUGUCCUCGGUGAGCGGCUCGCGCUCCCGCCGCAGGACGAGGAUGCGCCCGGGACGCUCAAGACGGUCAAGCUUCGCGACGGGCGCGAGCUCGAGUACGACCUCCUUCUGCGCUGCACCGGCCAGAAGCCCAACUCGCAGCUCCUCGGCCAGUGGUUGCCCGAGGCGCUCGACGAGCACGGGUUCGUCAAGAUCCGCCCGACGCUCCAGGUCGACGUUGCAGGCGUGCCCGAUGCCGACAAGCGGAGCGAGAAGCUGCGGCGCAACGUGUACUCGAUCGGCGACGUCGCUGCCGCCGGCGUCAUCAAGGCGGGCCACACCGGGUGGAACCAGGCGGGCGUCGCCGUGCAGAACAUCAUGUGCUCGCUCGAGACGGACGCGCUCAACGCCGAGCGGCCCUCGUCGGCCGACGCCGAGGAGCCCAAGCUCGUCGAGUACGAGCGCAGCCCGCCGCAGAUCAAGGUGACGCUCGGCCUGCAGCACUCGGCGAGCGAGAUGUGCGCCGCCAUGGGCGACCAGCACACGCACUUCUCGGUCGGCGAGGGAGGCCCGGUCGACGGGCACUACGCCGCCGUGUGGACGAGGAUGGGCGCAGAUCCUUCCGGCGACCUCAUGGCGUGAUCGAGUCGAGGGCGGGCAGCGGCGGUGCCACUUUGUCGAGCGGCGGCAGCGGCGGCGGCGCUGGAGGAGGAGGUAGACGAGGUGGUCGACCUCUCGGGCCGGCUUUGUUCGCGAUUGUUGUAGACUUGUAGAUAGCAGUGCAUCACGCAGCAGCAGUACCCGGACCAU